AUGUCAACAUUUCUUCCCCCACCACGUGUCGUUAUCACUGGUCACAAAACCGACGGCACUUCGGUCUUCACUGCCGACAAAACCAGCAAACCCUUUAAGCCCUUGGGCCAAACUGGAACCUCAUUCAACUCCAUCCACUCCUCUCCCUCAUUCCCUGUAUCGAACACCACACCUAUCCGCGAUCUAUCUACCACACUUCCCAAAUGCCCGCAAAAUGGCGUCCUCUUCUACACCACCGACUUCGCACCUUACUCCUCGGCACCCAUGCACCGAACCACAACUGUAGAUUACACUGUUAUAUUGAGCGGCGAAGUGGUGGUUCAACUUGAUGGGGGUAUGGAAAAAGUUCUCAAAGCUGGGGAGUGCAUUGUGCAGCGGGGGACCAAUCAUGUCUGGGAGAACAGGACCGGCGAGUGGUGUAGAGCGGUGUUUGUUAUGGUUGCCAGUAAGGAGAUUGAACUUGCUGACGGGACGAUGUUGGUGGAGACACAAUCUAACGGGACAAAUUAG